ACGAAUUAGUUAAUGGAAAACAAAGCCGCAGGAAACGAACACCUGCAAUCUCCUCGGGCAGCGCGCGUGGCACCCCAACCAUCUAUCUCUGCAUCAACUACCAACGCCACAUGCACGCAUCCACCCACCCCGCGCGCCUAAAACCUUUCCCUUCCACUCUCAGAAGCCUAUAUAAAAGCGCUCCUUCCCAGUUUCCCCACCCGCCCACACGAUGGAAGACCAAGUCGCAAGGCGCGCCCAGGUCCUGCGCAACCACCUCCUCCACCUCGCCGCCCCGAUCCCACCAGCCCCGACAACUCUCUCGCCCAACCACUGCGUCGGCUACUCUCCCCCCGACCUCAACGAGCCCUUCUCCUUCAACCCCACUGACAUGCGCGGACUCCUCGACUCUCACCAUCUCGCCGACCGCGAUUGGCUCUUCGGCCUCAUGACCCAGAGCCGCCUCUUCAACCCUUUGCAGCGCGGAGCUAAAGUUUUCGUCUCGCCGGACUAUAACCAGUCCAUGGAGCAGCAACGGGAGGCCACCAUGAGGCGGAUUGAGUAUCUUCAGGACAAGGGGGUCUAUCAGGGUUGGCUAACGGGGACAGGGCCCGAGGCCGAGCUGAGGAGGUUCGCGUUCUAUGAGGUUAUUGGGAUUUACGAUCACUCCCUCGCGGUUAAGCUUGGGGUUCAUUUCUUCUUGUGGGGUGGUGCCAUCCAGUUCUUUGGCACAAAGCGGCAUCAUGACAAGUGGCUUACAGACACUGAAAAUUAUGUGAUCAAGGGUUGCUUUGCGAUGUCUGAAUUGGGGCAUGGGAGUAAUGUUCGAGGAAUUGAAACAGUCACCACUUAUGAUUCUAACACUGGAGAGUUUGUCAUUAACACUCCCUGUGAAUCCGCUCAGAAGUAUUGGAUCGGGGGGGCAGCUAAACAUGCGACACACACGAUAGUCUUUUCUCAGCUCAAUAUAAAUGGGAAGAAUCAAGGAGUUCAUGCAUUUAUAGCCCAGAUUAGGGAUGCAGAUGGAAGUGUCUGUCCAAACAUUCGAAUAGCAGAUUGUGGUCAUAAAAUUGGUUUAAAUGGUGUUGACAACGGUCGAAUCUGGUUUGACAAUGUACGAAUCCCUAGAGAGAAUUUAUUGAAUUCAGUAGCUGAUGUUUCACCAGAUGGGAAAUAUUUAAGUGCAAUAGAAAACGCUGAUCAGAGAUUUGCAGCAUUCUUGGCCCCUUUGACAUCAGGCCGUGUGAAUAUUGCACUUGCUGCAAUUUAUUCGUCAAAGAUCAGCUUAGCGAUUGCCAUAAGGUACUCAUUGACAAGGCGGGCCUUCUCUGUCACACCAAAUGGGCCUGAAGUCCUUUUGCUUGAUUACCCAAGUCAUCAACGUCGACUGUUGCCUCUGCUUGCAAAGACAUAUGCGAUGAGUUUUGCUGGAAAUGACUUGAAAAAGAUAUAUGUGAAGAGAACGCCGGAGUUUAAUAAAAUUGUCCAUGUCAUUUCAAGUGCAUACAAGGCAACUUUCACUUGGCACAAUAUGAGAACUCUUCAGGAAUGUCGUGAAGCCUGUGGAGGACAAGGUCUGAAGACUGAAAAUCGUGUCGGUCAUAUGAAAAGUGAAUAUGAUGUGCAGUCCACUUUUGAGGGUGACAACAAUGUUCUGAUGCAGCAGGUCAGCAAGGCACUGCUUGCAGAAUACAUAGCAGCUAAGACGAGAAACAAACCUUUUAAAGGAAUGGGGUUAGAACACAUGAAUAAUCCAUGCCCUGUCAUUUCAUCUCAGCUUACAAGUUCUACCCUUAGGUGCAGCAAAUUCCAGAAUGACGCAUUAUGCUUAAGAGAGCGGGAUUUACUGAAUCGAUUUGCUGCUGAAAUAUCACAAUACCAAGCACAGGGAGAAAGCAAAGAGUAUGCCUUCAUUUUGAGUUAUCAGCUAGCAGAAGACUUGGGUAGAGCUUUCACAGAACGUGCAAUACUGCAAACCUUUAUAGAGGCUGAGGCCACCGUACCUGCUGGUUCACUGAAGGAUAUCUUAAGUCUCCUGAGAUCCAUGUAUGCCUUGAUUUGCUUGGAAGAAGAUGCUGCUUUCCUACGAUAUGGCUACUUAUCGACGGAUCAUGCUGCGGCAGUCAGGAAAGAAGUGACAAAACUGUGCAGUGAAGUACGACCACAUGCACUUGCUGUGGUCAGUUCCUUUGGCAUCCCUGGUGCUUUUCUGAGCCCUAUAGCUUUUAACUGGAUUGAUGCAAAUGCUUGGUCUUCAGUUCUGCAUUAGUUAGGGUGCAACAAUGCUCUCUCAUGUCUAGCUGAGACAAAAUGUGUACUGCUUUUGGCUAUCUGCUGUGGCAGGAAGAAAGGUUGAAUAACAUUUCUGCCUAAAAUGUAGUAAUGGAUGAGCUACUCUAUCACUAUUUAUUUAUAAAAUUGUUGUGAAAUUGUCUACA